GAGAAGUCGAAACUAAUUGUAGGCAUCCAAAAUAAACUGCGGAAGGGCUCUUUUGAGGAAUCUGAUAUGUGGGAGGAGCACGAGAAAAAUGUGACCGCAAUCAAGAAUGCACCGGCUGGGCUUUGCAUUAAUGAUUAUACUGUUAUUACGGUAUUCAUAUCAUCUGCCAAUUUCAAGGGAAACAUUGCUGACUACUGUAAAAAGCCUCUAAAAGACUGUCUUAUGAUAUAUCGGCAUAACUUUGAAGACUUUUUUGGGCAUGUCCUCAGCUGCCGUGCUGCUGUGCAAAUUUCUAGAGAAUGUAAUCCAAAUUUUACUCCUCCAGAUCGUUGGUUAUCAGUAUCAACAAAGGUACCAGAUCAUAUUGUAGAACAAGUCCCUAAAAAAGGCCUUUACGUUCACCUCAAGAUGUGUACAUCUCGAUCCAUGGUUUCAAAGCUACCCAAACGAUAUUGA